CGGAGCCCCGUCCAUUUGGAGGUCGCUUUGGUUGAGUCCAGGGGCGCUGCUGGGUGGGGAAGGGGCCUCUUUGGUUUUGCAAGCAACUAACCCAACAAAACAACCCGACAGCAUGGGUGACCAAGCGCUCAGCUUCCUGAAGGACUUUUUGGCCGGCGGGAUCGCCGCUGCCAUCUCCAAAACGGCGGUGGCGCCGAUCGAGAGGGUGAAGCUUCUACUCCAGGUCCAGCAUGCCAGCCAACAGAUCACAGCUGCAAACCAGUACAAAGGGAUCAUGGACUGUGUGGUAAGGAUCCCCAAAGAGCAAGGCAUCAUUUCCUUCUGGAGAGGCAACCUGGCCAAUGUCAUCCGGUACUUCCCCACCCAGGCCCUCAACUUUGCUUUCAAGGACAAGUACAAGCAGAUCUUCCUUGGGGGCGUGGAUAAGCACAAGCAGUUCUGGCGCUACUUUGCUGGCAACCUGGCCUCUGGGGGUGCUGCAGGGGCAACCUCUCUCUGCUUCGUUUACCCUCUGGAUUUUGCCAGGACCAGGCUAGCGGCUGAUGUGGGCAAAGGCGCGAGCGAGAGGCAGUUCACUGGGCUGGGCAACUGUAUUGCCAAGAUCUACAAAUCCGAUGGCCUCAAAGGUCUCUACUUGGGAUUCAAUGUCUCAGUCCAGGGCAUCAUUAUCUACAGAGCAGCAUAUUUUGGCAUCUAUGACACAGCUAAGGGUAUGCUUCCUGAUCCAAAGAAUGUGCACAUCAUUGUAAGCUGGAUGAUAGCCCAGACUGUUACUGCAGUGGCAGGAUUGGUCUCCUACCCCUUUGACACGGUCCGACGUAGAAUGAUGAUGCAGUCUGGCAGGAAAGGAGCGGAUAUCAUGUACAAGGGCACAAUCGACUGCUGGAAGAAGAUAGCAAAGGAUGAAGGAGGCAAGGCUUUCUUCAAAGGCGCCUGGUCCAAUGUGUUGAGAGGCAUGGGUGGGGCUUUUGUAUUAGUAUUAUAUGAUGAGAUCAAGAAAUAUGUCUAAGAGAAGUCAGAUGUUCUCUUUCUGUAAUCUACAUAUGGUUUUAACAGGCAACUAAAUAUUUCCUAGGGAAACAGAGGUGGCUACAUGGGUCACAUCCAGUUGAGAGAUCAGGUCUGCUGUCUUGUAAGAUAGGUCAACGGUUGUUCAUUCGCUCACAAUCAAAACACUUUCGUAUGGAAGAUUGGAGAGGCCUCUAUGUAUAUAUAAAUAUUUGACAAAGAUCAGUAAUAUAUUCUUAUGUUUUACGUGCAUUUCUUGGAAGUGGCUUAUUACACAAUAUUUAAACAACUAAAAUGUGAAUUCAAUAAAUACUCUUUGAGUGAAAUCUCA